AUGGGUCUUCAAGUGGAGAACCAUCCGUGGUUAGCGUUGAUAUACGUUGGAGUCAAUCAAGGGUCUAUCAUCUUAAUUAUAAUUGAUUCCCUAGAUAUUGUAUCUCCCUGUAAAUAUAAACAGAGAUUAACCAACAACUUCAACUAUAUUACUGAUAAUGAGGAUGUGGACGAGGACGAUGAGGAUUUUGAGUUUAGCGGCACUGACGAAGUUGAAGAAGCCGAGGAAGGUGAUGAUGAUGAAUGCAUAGAUAAUGAAAUACAUGCUGGUAAGAUUUUUGCCACCAUUCGUGAAAUAGAGUUAGCAUAUAAAAGAUAUGGAAAAAGAUUAGGAUUUGCAGUCAGGAAAAAAACCCAUCGCAAAAAUGGAGAAGGGUUUAUCAGAAGUGUGUCUUACUGUUGUAAUCGACAAGGAAAACCCAGUGUGAAUAGAAACCCUGCUAAACAAAACAAGACAAACAGGUGUGGGUGUAAAGCUGGAUUAACUGCACGUUUAAUCAAUGGUGAUAAAUGGGAGGUUUCGACCUUCCAUGCCCUGCACAAUCAUUUAGUUGUUAGUCCUAGCAAAAUCCGGAUGAUGCCUUGCUAUCGAGACGUUCCUCCAAAUGUUAAACACCGUCUCGAUGCUUACGACCAGUCAGGAAUUAAGAUGCAUAAAAGUUAUAUUUCAAUAGUUAAUGAUCACAGAGGAUACAAUAAUAUGACUUGUACAGAAAAGGAUUGUAGAAAUAUCAUAAAAGAGCUAAGAGCGUUGAGGCUGGGAGAAGGAGCUGCCACCGCUAUAAUAAGAUAUUUUAUGAACAAGGUAAGCCAAAAAUCAAACGAGCACUUAGAUUUUUAUUAUGCUGUUGAUGUGGAUGAAGAAAAACAUUUGAAGAAUGUGUUUUGGGCUGAUAGUUGGUGUAGAGAAGCGUAUAAGGAAUUUGGUGAUGUUGUUAGUUUUGAUACUACUUACUUGACCAAAAAAUAUAACAUGCCUUUUGCUCCUUUUGUCGGCGUGAAUCAUCACGGACAGUCUAUCUUACUUGGUUGUGGGUUGCUAUCAGAUGAACAAGAGGAAACUUUUGUAUGGUUAUUUAAUGAAUGGAUGAAAUGCAUGUCUGGGUGUCCUCCUCGAGCAAUCAUCACUGAUCAAGCUAAGGCAAUGCAAAAUGCGAUUAAAAUUGUUUUUCCUGCUGCCAGACAUAGAUGGUGUAUAUGGCACAUUAUGAGUAAAGUGCCAGAGAAGUUUGCCAUGUACUCCAAAAGGGAGAAAAUAAUAUCUACUCUGCAAGAAUUGAUAUAUGAUACACAAACUCCAGCUGAGUUUGAAACACGUUGGCAAAAGAUGUUGCAAAAGUAUUCCUUGGAGGCCAACAAAUGGUUAAGUGAUCUAUAUGAUGAUAAAGAAAGAUGGAUACCAUGUUUUGUGAACGACAUAUUUUGGGCUGGUAUGUCGUCGACCCAACGGAGUGAAGGCAUGAACGCUUUUUUCGGCGGUUUUCUCCAGCCGAAAACAUCUUUGAAACAAUUUGUUGAGCAGUUUGAACAAGCACUGAGAAAAGAAGUGGAAAAGAGUUGGUUGCAGAUGCCGAGUCAUUGA